AUGCAUUUUAGCACCUUGAUUGCUCUCGUUGGCCUAGUGGGUACCGCAGUAGCCGCUCCCCAGCCCGAGGCCCAGCCCGAGAUGAUGCGCCGAGCCGAAGAAGCUCAGAACAAUGCUCAAGCUGCUCAGAAUGGCCAGGAGGCUAAGUGGUAUCCUGGUGGUGGAUUUGGAUGGGGUUGGGGACACCCUGGCUGGGGAUAUGGUGGUGGCUGGGGCAAUGGUUACUAUGGUGGUGGCUGGCACUAG